AGACGAAACAAAAUCUAUCGCCUUAUCUUGAGGGAAGUCCAGCCAGUAGUUUUAUCGGGGCCAUGGUUUAGAUUUGGACGCAGACACACUCUAAUCCAUUGUUUGCCGCGCUGCAAUCUUCCUUCCUUACACCAUGGCUGGAUUACUAGGAUGUUCUGCUUCUUACUUCGCUUAUUCCCCUCUUUCUUCUUCCUCCCACAAACUGUCGUCUUUUCCCAUUUCUACUAACCCUGUUUCAGGAAAAUUCAAUUGGAGAAAAUUCUAUGGUGGAAUUGGAAUUCCGGUAAACAAGAGUAGGUCUCAGCUACAUUUUUCUAUUUCCAAUGUUGCCACCGAUAUUAAUGCUGCUGAACAGGCUGCUAAGGUUGCAACAAAAACUCAAAGGCCAGUUUUCCCUUUUGCAGCUAUAGUUGGGCAAGAUGAGAUGAAGCUCUGCCUUUUGUUAAAUGUUAUUGACCCUAAGAUUGGUGGGGUUAUGAUCAUGGGUGACAGAGGUACCGGGAAAUCCACAACUGUUAGGUCAUUAGUUGAUUUACUCCCAGAAAUCAAGGUUGUUUCUGGAGAUCCUUUUAACUCAGACCCUGAAGAUCCUGAGUUAAUGGGUGUCGAAGUGAGAGAAAAGUCCCUAAAAGGAGAAGAUCUUGCUGUUGUAAUGACUAAAAUCAAUAUGGUUGAUUUGCCACUGGGUGCUACUGAGGACAGGGUUUGUGGCACCAUUGACAUUGAGAAGGCAUUAACUGAGGGUGUCAAAGCGUUUGAGCCAGGCCUUCUUGCUAAGGCUAAUCGAGGAAUUUUAUAUGUUGAUGAAGUUAAUCUUUUGGAUGACCACUUGGUCGAUGUUCUUUUGGAUUCUGCUGCUUCAGGUUGGAACACUGUUGAGAGAGAGGGAAUUUCGAUUUCUCAUCCUGCACGAUUUAUUUUGAUUGGCUCAGGUAAUCCUGAGGAAGGGGAACUUAGACCCCAAUUACUCGAUCGUUUUGGGAUGCAUGCUCAAGUUGGAACUGUCAAGGAUGCUGAGCUUAGGGUAAAGAUUGUGGAGGAGAGGGCUCGCUUUGAUAAGAAUCCUAAUGAAUUCAGGAGUUCUUACGAGAAUGAGCAACGCAAGCUAACAGAUCAGAUUUCAUCCGCAAGGAGCAACCUUUCAUCAGUACACAUUGAUCAUGAUCUUCGUGUUAAAAUAUCUAAGGUCUGUGCUGAGUUGAAUGUUGAUGGUUUGAGAGGUGAUAUAGUGACUAAUAGAGCAGCUAAGGCUUUAGCCGCUCUGAAAGGUAGAGAUAAGGUGACUGCUGAGGAUAUCGCAACUGUCAUUCCUAACUGCCUAAGACAUCGGCUAAGGAAGGAUCCUUUGGAGUCAAUCGAUUCUGGUUUACUGGUUAUUGAAAAGUUUUAUGAAGUAUUUAGCUAAGGAUGUAUGAUUGCAUAUUGCCUCUCUUUGCUAUUAAUAUUAUGUCAUUAAAUUUUGUAGUUCCGAAGGUGAAGGCAUUUAGUUUUUUUGAGUUCUGACUUGAGUGAAUUAUUCAGAUCUGCAAUGAACACAUUCGAGUAUCUAGGAUUCAUAUCAAAUCAUUACUCUGGUAUACGAAUUUGCUGCUUAAAAUUUUCCUUUCUGUA